AUGGAAGACGACGACUACAAUACCGGCGGUCUGAUGGACGAACCGGAAGGCUACCGGCCUCCUACGCCACCGCCGACCCAACAAGUCUACACCCUCCGCACGGGCAAGGCCAUCACAUUGCACCUCGUGGGUGCCUCGCCCACAGAAGCUCACGUACUCUGGAACGGCGCCAAAAUUAUAUCCGACUACUUCGAGGAUGACCCGACCCGUGUCAUAGGCAAGACCAUUCUUGAGCUGGGUGCUGCAGCAGGUCUGCCCUGUCUUACAGCAAGCAUACUAGGAGCCAAGAGGGCGGUCAUGACGGAUUACCCGGACAUUGACCUCGUCCAGAAUAUGCAGAAGAACAUUGACGAAUGCGACGCUGCAUUCGAACCGGCUGGACACAUUGCAAGCACCAUCGUGGCAAAGGGCUUUAUCUGGGGCGCAGACCCCACGGCACUGCUUGCCGAGGUACCAGAGGGCGGCUUCGACGUGCUCAUCCUGGCAGACCUGCUCUUUCGCCACAAGGAGCACCCGGAUCUGGCCAGGACGAUCCGCGAGUGUCUGAAGAAGACCCGCUCGGCGAAAGCGUAUGUUUUCUUCACGAGCUAUCGCCCGUGGAAGAGGGAGCUGGACAUGAAAUUUUUCGACAUUGCGAGGAAGGACGGAUUUCUCGUCGAGCAGGUCGAAGAGAGGAAGCUGGAGAAGCCGUUGUUCGAGAACGACCCGGGUGACCUGGACGUGCAGAAGACCGUGAGGGGAUUCGUUGUGCGAUGGCCCGAUAAUGUGUGUACGGAUUAG